AUGGAGCUAAUCUUGACAGAAAGGAUUCAGGCAUGUGUAAAAUCAGCUCUGAAUAACUCCAGUUUUCCAGAAAAAUACAAAAAGGAAGCAAAGAGCAUUAUAAAUAUUGAACUAGAGGAUUCAAAAGAACAUCCCAUUUCACUUGAUUUACUUAGACAGCUACCGAAAUUAACUGAUGUCUAUUUACAUGAACUUAUGAAAGGAAGUGGGGUUUAUAUUCAGCCUAAACCUGUCAAAACAAAGAAUCCAGAAUUUGAAGCAUACAUGGAGAAACUACGACAAGAACAAAAAGAGAGAGAAUAUGCUCAAAUGGUUGAAUCUGCUAUAACAUCAAAGGAUGAGAAAUUCAAUUUGGGCAUCCAGUCUGAUGAUAUUAAAGAGAUCAAGACUCAUAUCAUUUCAAUAUGUAACAUCCUCUUUUCUAUGGCUGCUGUCUUUGCUGCUUGUUAUAAAGCUGCUCAAUCAAUGGUCAAUGAUUAUGGCAUGCAAAUAUUAAUAGGAUUAUCUGGUGCAGUAAUGAUUGGCAUUGUUGAAGGAAUAUUAUAUACAAAAUAUGCAUUUGAUGCAACAAAAGUGGAUAAAAGGAAGAAAAAGAAGAAGCAUAGAAUCACUACUUUAUAA